AUGGCAAGCAAGCGAAAGCGAGAAGAGUUCUUCUUCGACCCCAAUCAAUCUGAUCCCGAGGAUGAGAACUUUGAGCCGGGCGUGGAUCGGCCGAGUAGGAGCAAAAAACGCUCGCGCUCAUUAAAGAGUUCCAAAGGUAGCCGGAAGAGGAAUAACCGGUAUCGAGGGUCAGAUAUCGAAGACAAUGACGAUAUUUCGGACAGCGAAGCCGACGAAUCCUUUGAGGAUGAUGUCGGUGAAGAUGACGACGAGGAUGAUGAUUUGCCAGUCAAUGCCGCAGGCCGAAAGACCCGGAGAGCCGCAGCCAAGCCCGUGAAGUACGAAGAAGAAAGUGAAGACGAAGAAGAAGAAGAAGACAACGGGGAAAAUGAAGAGGACGAGGAAAAUGAAGAAGAUAAGGAGGAGGAAGAUAAGGCCGAUGAUUCCGGCGAUUCCCCUGUUGCAGCUGCUGCCACAAGGAAAAACACCCGACGCAACAGCAGCGCAGUGGAGGUCGAGGAUCCGCCUGAGAAGCCCAAGGGGCAGCAGCCUACGAAGCUCGUAAAGCUCAAGAUCAACCGGUCGAAGUUGGAGCUGGCGCUGGCUGGUGCGCCACAAAGGAGAACGCGCUCUCGGACAGUAGAGGCCGAUGAAGAACCAGUAGAGCUGUCGAACUCCGGAAGGCAUGCUCGUCUGGUUUCCAAGAGUAGAAGCCCGGAAAUCAAAACUCGUACCCGAUCAUCCCGUGCCGCCAAAGGGCUAGCCAAGCCCCCCGAGACUAUUCAGGAAGCCACCCAAGAAAGCAACGGUCAUCAGCCCGAAGAGGUUGAUGAGUUAGCCGGCCACCACGAGGAUGUCGCUGCCGACGUCACUGCGGAUGCCGAAAUGGAGGACGCUCCGGCUGAGGAGGCAGAUGCACCGGGCGAGGCCCCUGUGGCCGAUGAAGUGGUACCCGAGGCGGAAGAAGAAGACGAGGAUGACGUUCCAAUUACUAGAGGUCGUAGCACCCGAGCGCGACGAACCAACGGCCCGGAAAACGACGACCAGGACUCCGCAGCAGAGAAAGCAAGCCAACAUCCAAGUCGUCGACUGACUCGCCGAUCUGCCCUUCGAAAGUCGAAGUCGGCCCAGGAGCCAAGUAGCGAUUUUGAGCCCGGUGAGGAGUCUGCCGAGGAUGCAGCCAUGUCCGAUUCAUCAAAUGCCAAUCAGGAAGACGUUGGCCUUGACAGUCCAACCCCUCGAGGUCCACGCGGAAGAACCAAGGGCAGAUCCGCCAAAAGCUCUCGCCGGGGCGCCGACUUGGAUGACGAAGUUGAGCUUGACAAGGACGAGCUGGCAGAUGAACUGGAAGAUCUCAGAGAAACCUCACGCACGCGGUCUCGCCGAGCCCGGCGACCCUCUCCUGCCAUUCUUUACCAGGAAACCGUGUCAAAGCGGCGCCGUGCUGCUGCUAAACCUAUGAACUACUUCAUGCCCCCCGUGACUGCGGCCCACAUUGAGGAAGAAGAGGACGUCGGGGAAGAGCCCGCUCCCACACCAGCGCGCCGUCGCGGCCGUGCAGGUGCUAGCCAAGCAUGGGAUCGGCCACUCAACACCACCUUCGGCCCCUUUGGUGGCGGCGGCGGGAUUGGCUCGCUCCUCGGCGGGCCCUGGGGCACUGGAGCCACCGGCGGCGUUGAAUCAGAUAGCAGCGAUGACGAAAUGGGCCACAGGUCGGGCAUGGCUGGCAAUGUGGGCAUGACCCCGACUUCGGCUGCCGCACCAGCACUGCUUCCAGGCCUGGCUCAGACGCUCGGGGAGACUGGUCUCGGAGCGACACCCAACGUUGGGAAGGUCAAGAAUCAGAAGGCGUUGGCCGAUGCAGACCCCUUAGGCGUUGAUUUGAGUGUGGACUUCAGCCAAGUCGGUGGCUUAAAGGGUCAUAUCGACCAGCUCAAGGAGAUGGUGCAGCUGCCUCUAUUGUAUCCCGAACUCUUCCAGAAAUUUCACGUCACCCCACCCCGGGGUGUCUUGUUCCAUGGACCGCCGGGAACUGGUAAAACUCUCUUGGCCAGAGCUCUCGCCAAUUCUGUUGGCAUUGGUGGUCGGAAGAUCACUUUCUACAUGCGCAAAGGAGCGGAUGCCCUCAGUAAAUGGGUGGGCGAAGCCGAAAAGCAGCUCCGGCUUCUCUUUGAAGAAGCUAGACGAACGCAGCCAAGCAUCAUUUUCUUCGAUGAGAUUGAUGGUCUCGCUCCGGUGCGCUCGAGUAAACAAGAGCAGAUCCAUGCGUCCAUCGUAUCGACCCUUUUGGCAUUGAUGGAUGGUAUGGAUGGCCGUGGCCAAGUCAUCGUCAUUGGCGCGACCAACCGGCCGGAUAAUAUUGACCCUGCGCUCCGGCGCCCCGGUCGCUUCGACCGGGAGUUCUACUUCCCUCUGCCAGACUUGGAAGGUCGCCGUUCCAUCAUCGACAUACACACAAAGGACUGGGGUCUCUCCGACAGCUUCAAGCAUUCUUUAGCCGAGAACACAAAAGGAUAUGGCGGCGCCGACCUUCGGGCACUCUGUACCGAGGCGGCUCUCAACUCCAUUCAGAGAACGUAUCCCCAGAUCUACAGUGCGACGGAUAAGCUUGUUGUCGACCCUGCAAAGAUCAACGUCCACGCCGCAGAUUUCAUGAUGUCAAUCAAGAAAAUGAUCCCGUCCUCGGAGAGGUCGGCGGGGUCCGGAGCUGCGCCCCUCCCCAAGUCGGUUGAACCUCUUCUGCGUGAUCAGUUCAACACGGUCAAGGAAAUCCUCGACGAGCUUCUCCCUCGCAAGAAGAAGCUGACGGCUCUGGAGGAAGCUAUGUUCGAACAGUUCGACGACGAUGACCAUGGCUUUGGGCGCGAACAGAUGCAUCAAGAGUUUGAGCGAUCUCGCAUUUUCAGACCCAGAUUUCUCAUUACUGGGCUUGUCGGCAUGGGCCAAGCGUACUUGUCGUCUGCUUUGCUGCACUACUUUGAAGGAGUCCAGGUCCAGAAUUUUGGUCUGCCCACCCUACUCGCUGAUGGACGUCCCGUUGAGCAAGUGAUUGUCAGCCUUUUCACCGAAGUCAAGAGGCACAAGCCCAGCGUCAUCUAUAUCCCAAAUAUCGACUCGUGGUUCACUACGCUAAGAGAUACUGUUGGCUACGUAACAUUCAAAGCGUUGCUGAAGUCCAUACCUCCCACAGAUCCCAUCUUGGUACUUGCCACGGCCGAGUACGAAAAUGGGGAGGGUAUUGAUCCUAUGCUAUGGAAGGAGAUAUUCGCCUAUUCCAUGAAGAAUAGACUGGAGAUUGCUCGGCCGAAAGCUGAGAAUCGCCGCGAGUACUUCAAGUCUAUAUUGGAGUACAUCCGCAAGAGCCCAACCGACUUCCCAGACCCGGCUCACAGGAAGAAACGAGUGCUUGAGAAGCUGCCACUUGCUCCUCCCCCGCCGCCGAAAGCCCCUUCGAAAGAGGAAGAAAAGGCCACGCAGAAGAGAGAUCGUCAGCUUCUCAACAUCCUGAAAGUACAACUUCAGCCGAUCAUGGACCAGAUCAACAGGAAGUAUAAGAAGUUCAGGCAACCAGUCAUCCCAGCUCACCAGCUGGAGUACCUCUUCCUCGAAUCCGACCCCAACUACAUCCGCCCGGACGUUCCCGGAGCCGAAGAGCGCCCAUUCGAGAUCGUCAAGGACAAAUAUGGGAACGAUGUCCUGCGGGAAACAGCGACGGGCAAGACGUUCCACAACCUCGAGACCACCACCAUCGAGGAGCGACUCUCUAACGGGUUUUACGCGCGGCCUGAAGAUUUUCUUUACGACAUCAAAACUCUCGCGAAGGAUGCCAAAAAGAUUGGCGACAAGGAGAGGACCCUUAAGGCUAAUGAGCUUGUCAGCAACGUCGAGGUGGAUGUCGCGGCGAUUCAAGCCAACAGCAACAUCGACUGGGAAGGCCUUCGGUCCAGGCAGUUGCAGCGUGCGAAGGCGGCGGCGGAGAAGGAGCGCAAACGCAGGGCGAUGCAGUCCAUCGUCAACCUCGUCCAGUCUGACACGGCCGCUGCUAACGACAGCGACUCUCAGGGUCCAGUUACCUUGGGCGAGCCGAUCCCCGGAUCCCGUCAUACUAGCACGCGCUUCCAGCCUAUGAGCCCCCCAUCUAAUGGUAUUGGUGGGCGCUUGGGCUCACGUGCACUGAGCAAUGGGAUCUCUAAGCCGCUGAUACAGAGCGACGUGCACAUGAGUGGUGUCGACGACGAUACGCAGCCGGUUGCCGAACACACCCUAAUGAGGCCACCGGCCGAGGGACCCGUGGCGGGGCUUGCCUCUGGAGAUCAAUCAAUGGGCACAGCCACAGCCACAGCCGCUGGCGUGACACAGCUGUCCCAGAAAUCCGCCGUCACGACUGUCCCACCGGGAGUGUCGCCUUCCGCUCUCGCGAACGAUGCGUCGACGACCAAGACGUCUGACCCAUCGGACCGAUCCUCGAGCAAGUGGAGCACGCAGAUGACCAACGGCUAUCCCGCGGACCAGAACACGCAGAACGAUCAUUCGCAGCUCCUCGACACGCAGGAACUCCCCGGCGCCCAGUCGAAUCACGGUGGUGACGACUCAUGGGCGCAUUCCCAAGCCGACGGCAUUGCGCGAGGUUUUGUUCACCCGGGAGAUGUGGGGGUGGGAUCUUAUCCGUCCCAGCGUCCAUCCAGCAGCCUCCACGACUCACCGAGCAAUGAGCACGUCAGAAACUCGGGCAACUCGGGAUCUUCACCGUCGCAACCCCAGCCAGUUAUCCACGAGGGUCAGGUUGAGAAUUUCCUCGAUGACCUGACAGAGCGCACAUCGGGAUGCACGAUUGAACAACUCGAACAGAUCAACCGAGAGCUGAUGGACGAGAUCUGGAGGACGCGGGGAGAGUGGAACCGAAUGAAGGUGCUUGGGUCUGUGAAGAAGGUAUUCAACGAGACCAUCUCCGAUAUAGAACACAUCCAGUGUCUUCUGCAGCAGAGCCAGUAG